AUGCCGACUACUAUGAAGAACCCACAGAUCGUGCACGCAGACACGAUCAGAAUGGGCAAAUGGACCGAUUUCGACCAUGUCGAAGCAGACAAACUCGGCACAUGCUCUGUCACGGCAAUUGUCAACGAGGAGGGGUUCUUGCUCUCUAAUACAUCCUCCGAUGGGUAUAGGGAGAUCCCUGCUGCGGAACAAGUGUGUGCGCUAUACAAUGGGAACAAAACGCUCUUCGGGAACAAACCCGUGGAUGUGUGGAUUGUGUACGAGCAGGAAAAUUCAGUCAAAGGACGAGGUAUUCGGAGUGUUAUGCGGAAGAUCGGACCUGAGAGUGUUUUCGAGCAGGUGUAUAACGGGGAAUCUUUCAUGAAUCCGCCGAGUGAGGAGGGUGCGAGGUUUUGUUUGAUGUUGGGGAGUGCGGGUGUUGUGGCUACUAUGUCCCGGCAGGACAGAGGAGGAUAUCCUAUUCUGCUUUCUGGGGAUGGAACGACUGUGGUGUGUCGAUAG